AAAAUAUCUGAACACUCCUUUGUAAUUCUCACCGUCCUCCUCGUCAUAAAAAAGAGAGAGAAAGAAAGUCAACACAGUUGGUUCCUAACAUACAAAAUUUCUUUUCUUCUCUGCGCGGCCAUCCUCUUCCUCAUCAGAUCAUCACAAAGAAAAGAAAAGGAAUAAUAAACUAAAAUGGGAACGAUAUUGAAACCAGUCGCAGCAGCGACGAUUUUCCUAUGCUUUCUUCUGUUGCCUAUGAUUUCCUCUGCGCUUUCGCCGCCGAAUGAUGGGUUGAUUAGAAUCGGACUGAAGAAGAGGAAAUAUGAACGGAACAACCGAUUGGCUGCCAAGCUUGAGUCCAAGGAAGGAGAGUCUAUUAAAAAGUACCAUCUUCUUAGGAAUUUAGGAGGAGAUGCAGAGGAUACUGAUAUUGUUUCGCUAAAGAAUUACAUGGAUGCUCAGUACUUUGGGGAGAUUGGUAUUGGGACUCCCCCACAAAAGUUCACUGUAAUAUUUGACACUGGGAGUUCUAAUCUCUGGGUUCCUUCUUCCAAGUGCUAUUUCUCUGUUGCUUGUUAUUUCCACUCCAAGUACAAGUCAAGCCAUUCGCGCACCUACAAGGAAAAUGGAAAAUCAGCAGAGAUCCACUAUGGAACUGGAGCUAUUUCUGGCUUCUUUAGCCAAGACCAUGUAAAAGUUGGUGAUCUCGUGGUUAAGAAUCAGGAAUUUAUUGAAGCUACCAGGGAGCCCAGCGUCACCUUUCUGGUGGCUAAGUUUGAUGGCAUUCUUGGACUUGGAUUUCAAGAAAUUUCGGUUGGAAAGGCUGUACCUGUGUGGUACAACAUGGUUGAUCAGGGUCUUGUUAAAGAGCCAGUUUUUUCAUUCUGGUUUAACCGCAAUGUUGAUGAAAAAGAAGGGGGUGAAAUUGUUUUUGGUGGGGUAGAUCCUGCUCAUUACAAGGGUGAGCACACAUAUGUCCCUGUGACGCAGAAAGGAUAUUGGCAGUUUGACAUGGGUGAUGUCUUGAUUGGUGGUCAAACUUCUGGAUUUUGUGCCAGUGGCUGUGCAGCAAUUGCUGAUUCUGGAACCUCUUUGUUAGCUGGUCCUACGACUAUUAUUACUGAAGUGAACCAUGCAAUUGGAGCCACUGGAGUUGUUAGUCAAGAGUGCAAGGCAGUUGUUGCUCAAUAUGGAGACACCAUAAUGGAGAUGCUUUUAGCAAAGGACCAACCGCAAAAAAUUUGCUCACAAAUUGGUUUGUGCACAUUUGACGGGACACGAGGUGUAAGUAUGGGCAUUGAGAGUGUAGUGAAUGAGAAUGCUCAGAAGGCAUCAGAUGGUUUUCAUGAUGCAAUGUGCUCUACUUGUGAGAUGGCUGUUGUGUGGAUGCAGAACCAACUUAAGCAGAAUCAAACACAAGAGCGCAUUCUUGACUAUGUCAAUGAGCUAUGUGAACGACUGCCCAGUCCUAUGGGAGAAUCAGCUGUUGAUUGCGAUGGUUUGUCUUCCAUGCCUAAUGUUUCAUUUACAAUUGGUGGAAGGGUUUUUGACCUUAGCCCUGAGCAGUAUGUCCUCAAAGUUGGCGAGGGAGAUGUAGCUCAAUGCAUUAGUGGAUUCACAGCACUGGAUGUACCACCACCUCGCGGUCCUCUCUGGAUCUUGGGUGAUGUCUUUAUGGGUCGCUUCCACACAGUAUUCGAUUAUGGCAAUAUGAGAGUUGGAUUUGCUGAAGCUACUUAGUCAAAUAGUUUGGCAGUGGUUUGUUCUAGUGUUAUCCACCUCUUAUACCAGCAUGUGCAAACCAUACCAUAUGUUUCGUGGUUGUCUUUGAAGUGCUGGAAGUUUCCCAUGAAACUCGCAUGUGUAUAUCUGCUUGGUGUGUUGCAUACCACUGCUUACGUAUUAUAUUUCAGUGGUCAUCUUAAGUUUCAAGUAAACACUUAAAUGUGCUGAAGUUCAAUGUAUUUGUGCUUGCUAAAUAAAGAUUAUCCCUCUAGGCAA